AUGGCUUCCACAUCAACGCAAACCCCUGCUGCGACAACUAGGAUGGGGCUGACUCCGGUAAUGGCCUUGAAGGGCAACCUGCCUAUUACAUCCAUAUCUUACUUUCCGAACGGUAAGCGAAUGAUCAGCGGGUCAUCGGACGAGACUGUUCGGAGAUGGGAUCUGCAGGAGGGUAAGGAGAUCAAGGAGGCGCGGAUUGUAUGUAAAGAGGAGGUACACGCGGUGGCGGUAUCAAGGGAUGGUCGAUGGGUUAUAACUGGUGGAGGAGAGUCUGGUCGCGUGGAGCUCAAAGCAUGCAAGGUUGAGACGGGAAUCGUGACAUCCUUUGAAGGCCACUCUGGGUCGAUCACCUGCGUUGAUGUCUCUGCGGACUGUACAUUACUGGCGAGCGGGUCUUGGGAUGUUACAGCGCGAAUAUGGAGCUUGAAAACCGGAGAACUCAUGGCCGGUCCCUUCAGGAGUGUUGAUUGGGUGGGUUCCGUUCGAUUAUCGACAGAUUCGAAGAAACUCGCAGUGAAGUCAUGGACGGGGAGGUGGCUCGAGGUCUGGGAUGUCAAAACACAGACAUUGGAUGUCAGAGUAGGGAAUUUCAGUGGGCCCGAAACCACAUCCGCGCCAGUGUUCUGGACACACCAAAACCAAAACAUCUUGACUGCAUUUGUAAACUCAGACGCCACAAGGAUCAGCGAGUUCAAUGCAUCGACACUCGAGACUGUAGGAACUUCCUUCGCAGGGCACACCAAACCUGUCACUGGUCUAGCACUUUCUUUUGACGGCGCUCUCCUCGCUAGUGCUUCUCCAGAUGAUACCAUCAAGCUAUGGGCCUUUGAGUCGCGCCAGCUCCUUGCUUCAUUUGAUGUCCAACAACCCACUCACAUAAUCCUCUCACCCAACUCGCGGCAACUAGCGCACACAACAUCGUCCAAAGGUGAUUAUAAGAUCUAUAUAUGCAACACUCCACCCGACAUCCUUGUUAGCAUUGGGCUCAUGCCGAAAGCACGUCACGCCCUCUCCAAAACUAAUCCAACCUUUGAGUUACUUGAAUCUGACGCAACCCGUCGUCGCCGCAACCCAGCGACAUUUCCUGCCAUAUCUUUUCCCCCUAGGUUACAACAACCCCUGCCUGCAACAGACUCGCAGCAACCCACUUUCCUUCACCAUCUCCGCAGGUUUCUCCGAUUGUCUUCCCCCACGAAUGCAGCUCCUCCUGUACGGCAUGAUCAGUCUCGCGAUCCGUUUGAUUUCCCUGCUACAUCCCCUUUACCGCCUAACCGCUCUCUCUCAGCACAGGCGACAACUCAAUUUGAUAAUUUCGAAAUAAGUUAUCCGCCCAGCCCCUCGAACGGAGUUACACAGUUCCUACAACAGCAUCUUUCUUUCCUCACGCCGAGACACAGCAAUGGGCCACCAGUCGUUGAAGUUGCAGCCGGGCGGAAAUUUACUCGGCUUGCUGCUGCCAAAUUACCCGAAUACAGGAAAGUCGACGACACCCGACAUCCAUCUGGACAGCAGCCUGGCGCGCCGCAGGACACUGAAUCGUCUGACAUCGAUUCACUGCCAGACGUGCAUUGGUGCAAGGCGUUCCUCUGCUACUAUUCCUGUUGGUCUCAUGGCAGACUAAGGGCGCCUCCUCGAUGGCGUUUGGAGCGAGUUGAUAUACCCCGCCAGGAUGGAGCAACGACAAGCAACCGUGCUCCAGCUCACGGUGGCAGUUAG